AUGAAUCCUUCUAGCGUCCCGUCCAAGUCAGUCAUUAACGUAGAAAAAGCCAUUAAGAACCAAAACGACUUAGCCCUGAUCGUUUCCAAGCAUCUCUUCUCUACCAAAGCCAAAGACUCUAACACCGUUUUCUCUCCGGCGUCUAUAAACUCCUGCCUCACAUUGGCGGCUUCUGGUCCCGACGGUUCUGCAGUCUCUGGUGAGAUCCUCUCCUUCCUGAGGUCUUCUUCAACCGAUGAAAUCAACGCCGUCUUCAGCAAGAUCGUCCCCAUCGUCUUCGCUGACCGUAGCGCGAAUGGUGGACCAAAGAUCUCGUCGCUCAAUGGCGUAUGGAUCGAGAAAACGCUACCCAUUGAUCCAUCGUUCAAGGAUCUCUUUGAGAAUGUCUUCAAAGCUGUUUUUGGUCGUGUAGACUUUCGAUCACAGGCUGAACAAGUGCGUGGAGAGCUGAAUAAAUGGGCUGAAAAUCAUACCAAUGGUCUCAUCAAAGAUAUUCUUCCUCCUGGAUCCAUCUCGAGUCUAACCAAUUCUGUUUAUGGAAACGCACUCUACUUCAAAGGAGCUUGGGAAGUUCCAUUCGACAAGUCUUACACGAUGCACAGAAAGUUUCACCGUGUUAGUCGAACCGCAGUGUCCGUGCCAUUCAUGAGCAGCUGCAUGGACCAAUACAUAAAUGCUUAUGAUGGUUUCAAGGUGCUCAGGAUACCUUAUCGACAAGGCGGUGUUGCUAACAAUAACAAUCGCAGCUUUUCUUAUCUACAAGGAAUUGAUGCUGCUACCAAUGGAAGCUUCUCGAUGUACUUUUAUCUCCCAGACAAGAGAGAUGGAUUGGAUGAUCUUGUCAAGGCAAUGGCAUCUACUUCUGGAUUCUUGGACAGUCACGUUCCAAGUUUUCCAGUUUUAGUUAAUGAAUUCAGAAUCCCAAAGUUUAAGAUCUCUUAUGGCUUAGACGGCGACGACUUGGGGUUGCGUUCAAUGUAUUUGUUUCAUAAAGCAUGUGUGGAGAUUGAUGAAGAAGGCGCUGAAGCUGCUGCUGCAACUUGUACAGUCGCUGAUGGAUGUGCGAUGCCAAUGAAGCCUCCUAAGAGAAUAGAUUUUGUGGCAGAUCAUCCCUUUGUCUUCUUAAUUAGAGAAGACAAAACUGGUACUGUUUUGUUCGUUGGUCAGAUCUUUGAUCCUUCCGACAAAUCUUCUUAG